AUGCAGGCCCUACUAUCCUUUACCUCACUCUCCCUCCUCGUCUUGCCAACAGUCGCGAUGACCGGCAUGGUCGGAACGUGCUACUUCGCCAACGGAACAGCGCUCCCCGUAGAUCCAAUCUACAACCAAUACCAACCGUGUCAGUCUGGCGGCCCUUCAACGAUAUGCUGUGGCAUCUUCCGUGACAAUGUCGCUGGAGGCAACAUUACGGCUGGCGACACAACGGACGAAUGUCUGCCCAACGGCCUGUGCCAGAACCGAGCAACAACGACAGAUGGGGUGGAAGAAACAAAAUUCUUCGUUGAUUUCUGCGCCGACGACAACAUAGACAGUCCCAACUGUCUCAACGUCUGCGACCAAGUACGAGAUUCCUUCGGCAUUGCACGUAUAACGCCCUGCGACAACGGACGAGCCGAUAGCGAUCGAUGGUGUUGUGGCGAUAGCACGGCUUGCUGUACGAGUAACGUUGGAGUGGUGAAGUUGCCACAAAUGAUGGGAGCUGCAGUAUCGUCAAGUCGAGCGGGUCUGCCAACUACAGCACCGGUUUCCAAAGUAUCGUCAGCAUCGACAGUCUCAACUCCUACGACGGGGACGGAGGCACCAAGCAAGACACCAUCUGCUGCGGUGGGGAAUACUGGAGAAGAUCCUAGCGUCACUGGAGGCGUGAUUGCGGGCAUUGUCAUCAGCGGUGUCAUAGGGCUGGCUCUGCUGGCAGCCGCCGUCUUCUUCGCAAGGAGGGCGUCCAAGUAUAAGAGAGAGGCAGCGGCAUCGAAAUACGCUCAAGGCAUAGCUGGAUGCUUGCCCCAAAAUCCGGAUCAGGGACAAAUGUCAGAUUAUCAAAAGUAUAUGCACGACAGCCAGCACACCUACAGUUCCGCUCAGCCGUCUGAACUACCACCGGCACCACCAAGCGAGCUUCCUUCAUAUCAAUCGCCUCCUCCAGGAACUACACUGCCGCAACGAUGA